AUGGGUGAGACUUCGCGUAAUCAAUCAUGCAUGAGCUUUCUCAAACCUCAAAAUGGAUAUCCAAUUGAACGAAAAGUGACUGAUACUUCAGGUCGAUUAGGUUCACUUUAUGACGCUUCAACAGAUAAUUUAAUUGAUCGACAUUCUGUUCAACGAAUUAAAAGAAAAGAACCACGUAAACGUUUUAUAUGUCGGAUAUUUUCAGGUGAUCAAUCAAGAGAACUGAUUAGUUUUCUAAGAGAUAUCGACUUUGAUGCUGCUAUUCGACAAAGUAUUUCUCUUCAAAUGGUUAUACCAUCAGGCGUUGGCCGUCUUAUUGAAUAUAAUCAACCUAUUAAUGAGAAAACUCGUUUUCUAUAUUAUGCUUAUAGAGCUAGAAAAGAAGAAUUAAAUGUUAAAGCUCGAAAAGCUGAUAAAAUCGUUGGAGCACCAAGAGAUUCAACUGAGGCGACUCAUAUGAUAACGAAAAUCUUAUGGGGUAUUGAAAUUUUAUGUAUUAUACAAAUUCCAAAUAAUCAAUCUGUCAAUGCGAUUGACCACUUACUUUAUAAUAUUUGUAAUCAACUUAAACAUAAUCAGAUUCCAAUUCAACUUAAUGAUAUUGAUCGACGUCUCAUGAAUCAAUUGACUGAUAUUACUGUAUUUGGAUCCGAAACAUGUGUCGAUUCAUCGAAUACAUCAAUAUCAGCUGUUCUCACUAGAAUACAAAAUUGGCAAAUAGAUACGAACUUGCAUCAACCACUUAUGUAUACGAUGCAACCAUUAAGGUGGCUUUAUAGGAGUCCGCAAUUUUCCGAUCCCUGUACUUUGCCUCAUCCAACUGAUCCUCAUAUUGCACGAAUUGAAAUGAUAAGUAAUCGUAUAAAACAUCAGAUAAAAGAUCUUACAGAAAUUAUACACAAUCUUCCGACAAAUUUUUCAAGUGCAACACUUAAUCAACGUUUAAAAGAUGUUCAACAACAGUAUCGUUUUGUAUUAGAUUCGCAAGAUAAUCUUCAAGAUCGUCUUAAAAGAGUGCUUGCAGAUGUUCGUCGGCAACGUGCCAGACCAGUAGUAUUAGACAAUAUUAUUGGAGAUCUACGUUAUGAAUGUUUACGUAAAACUGAAAUGGAAAAAUUUCGGACUAAUGUUGAACGAUUGUACAAUAAAUCAAUGUUAAUCAAAAAAUUAAAGAACAAUCAAAUUGAAUAUAUCAAUGCGCUCGAUAUCCGUCCUAAUCAAACAGUAAAAACGACAAUUAAUGAUACUGAUGUCUUGCUUAAACGUGCUUAUUCUAAUGAAAAUUUUCCUGUAAUUCUUUGGUAUACUAGUGAUCGUUUAGAACGUAUACAACAAGAUAAUUGGCAACAAAUAUAUCAAGAAUUAACUUUAGAACGUCAGCAUGCAGCACAACGAAUAACUUUAAUCUAUGUUGAUUUUAGUUACUUUGACGAAAGAUUAGAAAACUCUAUCAUUGUACGAUUACCAUUAACAGAAACACAGAAAAAUUACCAUGAUCGAAUAACAGAAAUAGAACCUCAACCGUCACGUAUUGAUUCAUCUCCAUCAUCCGUAAAGAAAAAAGUAAGAUCAUCAUCUCCACAAAUCCCAAUACCAUCUAAACCUCUAACAAUACAACCUAUACCUCCAAUACCACCAUCUAGAACUCCAGUAGAACGAUCAAUCGAAAUUAAUGUAUUGCUCUUGGGAGAAACAGGUGUUGGAAAAUCUACAUUCAUUAAUGCAUUUGUCAACUACUUAAGAUUUGAGAAUCUUCAACAAGCUGAACGAGGUGAACCAGUUGUAUUAAUUCCAGUUUCAUUUCUCAUUACUACUGGUGAUCAAUUCGAAGAUUUUAUUGUCAAAUUUGGUAAUGUUGAUUUAAAUGAAAAUCAUGAACAUGAAGGUCAAUCAGUAACACAACAAUGUAAAUCAUAUGUAUUCGAUUUGAAUGACAGAUUACGUUUACGUUUAAUUGAUACACCUGGUAUCGGUGAUACACGAGGUACUAAUCAAGAUGUAAAAAAUAUUGAUCAUAUAUUGAAUUAUUUAAAUAAUUUAUCUCAUUUAAAUUCUGUUUGUUUCUUACUCAAACCAAAUGCUUCUCGAUUAAAUAUUUUUUUUCGUUCAUGUCUUAAACAAUUAUUAACUUAUUUAACACCGAUUGGUUAUAAUAAUAUUAUAUUUUGUUUUACAAAUGCUCGAGCAACAUUUUAUGCACCAGGUGAUACUGGUCCAUUACUUCGAAAAUUGCUCAAUGAUGAACAUCUUAAUGAUAUUCCAUUUAAAAAAGAAAAUACAUUUUGUUUUGAUAGUGAAUCAUUUCGAUAUUUAGCUGCAAGAAAAUGUAAUGCUGACUUUGAUGAUUAUCAAAGACAAGAAUAUAUUAAUAGUUGGAAUACAUCAGUAAAAGAAUCAGUUCGUUUACUUAAUUUUAUUCAAAGAUGUCAACCAUAUUAUCUAGAAGAAUGGAUAUCUCCAAGAAAAGCUACUCUUGAUAUAUCUAUGCUUGCUCGACCUCUAAUGGAAACAUUACGAUUAAUAAUUUAUAAUUCGAAAUUAAACGAAGCGAGAUUAAAUGCUAAUCAUAUGAUGUUAAAUUCAAAUCCAGUUGACAUUGAUAUGUGUACGCAUUGUGCACAAAUUAAUGUCGUCGAAGUAGGUCCAUUUUGGUUAACUCAAUAUCAGCCAUCUAUUUUGAAAACCAAUACAAGUCAACAUCGUCGUUGUCCAACAAAUGGAAAAAAUUUUUUUAUUGAAUCUAUAGUAACAUAUGAAUUUGUUCCACUAUCAGCAGGUCUUAAAAAUGAACGAUGGCAAAGUUCUUUUCGUAAUUUUCUAUAUAAAUGUGAUAGACUUCAUCAUUUCUUACGACAACAAGGACCAUCAACUGAUGNUAUUGUUGCAGAAUAA